UAUGCUCUAGGUACUCAGCUUGAAACUGAUAUUCUUAACGAAGACUCAAAUGUUUUGGUCUUUUCGCUUCUUGUGGAAGUGUUCAUUGCUUCCAUCAGUUUAAAGCCAUGUACACUUGUCCUAGAUGGAAUCGAAGAACUGAUUGGCAUUUAUGGGAUUUCAGGACAGAAGGCACAGAAUUUUUCUUGGCUGCCAGGCUCACUGCCUCCUCAUUGCAAAUUUAUCAUGAGCACCGUCUCCUCCAGCCUGUCCUAUAAGUUGCUGUGUGCCCGCCUGGAUGUGAAGACAGUGGAGCUCCUUAGUGUAGGAGACGAAGAAGUGAAACUAAACAUCUUUAGACAGCAUCUCUUUGUUCCCAACAAAGACCCCCUCUGACAGAGCAAAUGCACUUUGAGGAAGAAAACAAACCCGAAUCCUUUAAAACUCACAGUCCUGGCAAACGAACUGAGAGAAUGUAGAAUCUACCGAAAUGAGUAUCAGUGUCUGAAGGAGUACUUGGAGGUGGUCUCCAUUCAGGAGCUCUGGGAAUUGAUUCUGAAACGCUGGAUUGAAGACUAUAGCUGGACUUUUACGCCAAAAAGGGCCAAUUCAGAAAUGGCGGCUUCAGGAGAAGGUGUGAUCACUCCUGUCAGAGAAAGUAGUCCAUAUAUCUUUGAGAAUCCAACAAACCACAGGAAAACACAUUUCCACCGAAUCUUAGUCCGAUACUUUCAACGGCAAACCACUUUCUGGAGAGUGUACGAGGAACUGCCCUGGCAUAUGAAGAUGAGCGGCUCCUGGGGGGACUUGUGCAGCUCUCUUCUCUCAAGUCCUAGCAUCACAGACUUCAUAUCAAAGAUCCAAAACUCAAGCUUCUGGACAAGGCUGCACCUCAUCCACUACUGGAGCAUGUUAUCAGAAGUUGGCUAUGAUGCUGCUGGGGCUUAUGUGUUCACAGUGUCUAAGAUUAAAGCCGACAGGUGCCAUAAGGUGAGGAGGAGAUGUUCGCUCUCAGUGCUGGAAUGCAGGCUUUUUGAGGUCACCACCAUUAACAAAUGCCGAUUAAUGUUCUUUAUCGGGAAAUUUCUGAAGCUUAUAGGCAAGACCAAGGAAGCAGAAGGGCUAUUCUUGAACAUCGAGAACAUGCUAGCACAGAGCCAGGCCCUGACACAGGUGCUUCCCACUGUGCAGAAUGCGACUCGAGAGUUCUACCUUGAGGUUGGGCUGACCCACGAGGGAUUCCAGUGUUUCCAGAAAGCCUGGUCCAACCUCAUGGAGUUUUCACCUGGCGACAUCAAAGACAAUCAAGACGUCGUGAGGCAGAAAGGCAGCGUACUGAACAAUCUGGCAAAGUCGGCCGGAGACUACUUGAAAGAACAUCACAUCUGGGAAUGUGCUACUGAAAUUUCCAGCCUGCUGUACAACAACCCCCGAGACCAGGCGACCAUGAAAUACACCAAAGGUGUUCUCAUGUAAACAUGUGUUUUUUUCUUGAACAAUCAUUCUUUCCUGUGCUAGUUUUCCCCAUCAAGGUCAAUGUUCUCAACCCACACUUGUGAGUCCAUUUCCUGCUUGACAGGGUGAAGAAUGUGGAACAUUAGCAUUUCUGCCCUCAACUUCGGGGAUUCUCCAGCGGGCUGACUCUGCCCCUCAGGGGCUCUCUGGCAAGGUCUGGGGACACUUCAGGUUGUCAGGACUGUUGCUGACGUUGGGUGGGUGGAGGCCAGGUGGUACGAGCUGGUACAGGACACAGGAUGGCCCCCAUCGUGCCACCUGCCUGACGCCAGCUGGGGUUCAGGUUAGUGCCUAGCCUUUAGUAAAGGAGGCCUUUUUUUUUUUUUUAAAGAUUUAUUUAUUUAUGAUAUAUAUAUAUAUAUAUAUAUAUAUAGAG